UCAAUAACAAUAAUAAUAAUCAAAAGUUUAAGUCGUAGGACUUGUACGUUAUUGUCGAGACCUAUUUAUAUACACGUGUAUGACUGCAGCUAUAGUCAAAACUUUCGAAUUAGUGGAUUUCUUGCCCCUUAUACUUUCUGAUUCUACAUGUCGUAAACUACAAGAUUGUAAAAAAGUUAACAAUUUUUGGUUCUCUAAAAUAACAUUAAUUGAUAUUUGUGUAGUAAAUAUUCUUUAUUAUCGUGAAAAUAUAACCUAACUAAAAUUAAAAUUAAUAUACUCAUAUCAUAUUGAGGUUAACCACGAGAUAAGAAUAUUCCCCUACAAAGUAUAUAUUGUUCAUUUAAUAUUUCUAAAUAUAUUUUUACGUAAAUACUUGAAUUUUCAUCUGUAAUAAGAUGAAAAAGGGACUUAAAGAAGUGAACACAAAGAGUGCUAAGUGGUAUGAAGAAUAUCCUAAAGAAGAGGAACCAUGUAAACAUUCAAAAUCUGAAAUAGAAAUAUCGAAUUUAAAAAAUGAAGCAAAAAGAUAUUUAGAUGCAGAAACUUCUGUUUACCAAUUAAAAGAAUCAAAAUGUACUGAUUCAGAAACAGCAUGGUUAAGAACAGCAUUAACACAGGGUACAACCUCAGAUAAAGUAGCAGCUGCUAUCAUAUUAGUGCAAGACAAUCCAAAAUACAAUUUAACUCGACUUACAAAGCUUAUAAAUCAAGUACGAGUUGCAAAACAUAAUCAAUGCAAUAUGGUGAUAAAAUCUUUAAAAGAUCUGUUUUUAUCAGAUCUACUUCAUCCUAAAUUUAAAUUACUGAAAUUCGAGGAACAAAAUUUAGAUGAACUUGACAAAUUUAGUUCUGGAGAUGCACUUAUUAAAUUAGGUUUAUCAAGAAAAAAACUAAUGGCUCAUUGGUAUUUUGAAGAUCAAUUACAUGAACAGUAUGAACAUUUUGUAAUGUCUUUAGCUACUAUUGCAUCUGAUACCGUGGAUGCAAAUCGUGAAAUAGCAAUAUCAACAAUGAAAGAUUUAUUAAUAGGAAAUGUUGAACAAGAACAUAAGUUAUUAGAAUUGAUUGUUAACAAAAUAGGAGAUCCAAGUGGUAAAAUAGGAUCUAAAGUUAUAUUUUGUCUAAAUAAGUUAUUAUAUGAACAUCCCAACAUGAAACUUGUUGUAUUACGAGAAGUUCAAAAAUUAUUAUUUAGAAAAAAUGUAGCACAACGUGCUCAAUACUAUGCAAUAUGCUUAUUGACGCAAUUUCUUCUAACUAAGAAGGAUGAAAAGCUUGCAUCUACACUCAUUGAAGUUUAUUUUGCCUUUUUUAAAGCUUGUUUAAAAAAGGGAGAGCCAGAUUCUAGAAUGAUGGGAGCAAUUUUAGCUGGUGUAAAUAGAGCAUAUCCAUUUGCAAACAUGGAUUCAAAUAUAUUGAAUGAUUAUAUAGACUCUGUAUACAAAGUUGUACAUAUUGGAUCUUUUAAUGUUUCUUUAAAUGCACUUAACUUAUUAUAUCAGAUUACAGGUAAAGAUGAAGCCCAAUCAAACAGAUUUUAUUCAACCUUUUAUCGGAAAUUAUUAGAUCCACAAAUUGGGGUGGCAAACAAACGUGCACUGUUUCUUAAUCUAUUAUUCAGAGUUCUCAAAAAUGAUCGUAACAAACAACGUUCAUAUGCUUUUGUCAAAAGAACUUUACAAAUCAUAUUAUAUUUUCCUGCAAAUAUGGCAUGUGCUACUUUAUAUGUGAUAUCCAAAGUUUUACAGACAAAUAAGGAAUUAAAAACUUUUUUAUUAAAACCUCGAGAUUUUAUCAAAAUUGAAAAUGAAGAUCUUGAAUCUAAAGAUAGUUCAUUAAGUCCAGAAAAUAAAAAUAUCUCUUAUCCUUCUGAUGAUAGAUCCAAAUUAGAAGACUCCAUUUUAUUAACGAAUGUUAUAUCUGAACACAAUAUUGAUAAGGAAAUUAAUUCUGAAAAUAAAAUAGGAAAUAACAUAAAAAUUGAUUUCGAUUCACAUAAGGAAUAUGACCCCUUUUGUCGCAAUCCUCUUUAUGCUGGAAUAACUAGAGGUCUAAAUACAGAGUUCAUAACAUUAUCUAAGCAUUAUCAUCCAAGUGUUGCAUUAUUUGCAAAUACUAUUCUUGAAGGGAAACCAAUCGAUUACACAGGAGACCCGUUAGAAGAUUUAUCCUUAAUGCGUUUUCUAGAUCGUUAUGUUUUUAAAAAUCCAAAAAAGUUAGAAGAUAAAAAAGUGCAGAGAAGGAAUGACCCUUUAGCACAACGUGCAGGGUAUACACCUAAAGGUAUUAGAUGUGUUCCAAUUGAUAGUAUGUCAUAUCUCAAUGAAAGAGAAGAACGCAUUCCAGUUGAUGAAUUAUAUUUAUACCGAUAUUUAAAAAAGAAAAAAGAAUGUAAACACGAACUUAAAGUUGAAGAUGAUGAUAUAGAGAGUGUUAAUAGCGAAGAAUUUGACAACAUGUUAGACAGAUUAACAGAUAAUAAAGACUUUGGAGAUUUAGAUAUUGCAGCUGAUAUUCAAAGUGGAAGAAAGAAGAAAGAUAUUGAGGAAGAAGAUGAAUAUUUUGAUGAUAAUAAAAGUGAAGAUAGUAAUAAUUCUCACGAUAUACAUGAGUUAGAAGAAAAUAUAGAUAAUGAUAAUACUGAUGAUGAAUUACAGAAUUUAAGUGAUAUUGAUUUAGAUGACGAUGAUGCUAGUGAUUUGGAGUUUGAUGAAGAUAUUGAUGAAGCUUUGGAUGAUAGUAUUCAAUCAAAUAUAAAGAAGCAAAAUAAAAAUUCAAAAGGAAUUGAUAGCAACAUAUUUGUAUCAGCGGAAAAAUUUGCAGAAAUGUUAGAAGAACAUAGUAAACAAAAAGGUAAAACUGGUGGCACAAAUGCAUUUAAUACUUUGGAUGGUGCAAGUUCGAAACAAAUAGAUUGGGAGAUUAAACGACAUCAGAAACUCAGAAAUUCUUUAAAUAGAAAUAAACGGAAAGGUUCCAAAAUUUUUAAAAGAAAUGUAAAAAGGGUUAAACAUUAAUUAUAAAAUAAAUAUAUUUUAAAAGCUUUUAUAUAGCAUGCAUUUCUUGCCGUGUUCGCUGCCACCAGAAAAAUUGUGCAUGUUAUACGUUAACAAUCUUUCAAUAGUAACAAACGUAUUAAAGAUUUAAAGCAUUUAUAAAUUACAAAAAAUGGAUGCUUUAAUUGAUACGUUAUACAAAUUAAGGAACUACACAUAUACCUAUAUACUAAAACAUUUUUUUACUUUACUUUCAUAAUUACUAGACACAAAAACAUUAAUCUGCAUUACAUUGUUGAUACUGAAUGUUGUAAAAAAGAUAAUUUAAAUCGUUAAUAGACAGUUAACAUAUUUUCAAUUUGAUGCAUUAUGUAAAAGAUUAAUUUACAAAAACAGUAAAAAGAUUUAUUUUUUUUUUGACAGAAAUAUUCGAUACUUCCACUAUAAUAACGCUAUUAUCUUAUGUAAAAGUAUUUUUAUCAUCAAAAAGGUUUUUACAAAUUAAAAGAUUAUUUUCAUUCAUAUUUCUGUACUUACUGUACACUGUCACGUUGUAUUUGAAUAAAAAUAAUCAAGCUUUCAACUUCUUUAGCAACAACCGCAACUAUCGUAUAAUCACGCUCAUCUACUUAAAAGUUAAUUGCAAAUUAAGCAAUCAGAGGAAAAAUUACAUAAAAAAACACGUUACAUUCGAAAUACAUACUGUUCUAAUUUACAUUGGACAUACUAAACUUUACAUUUAAAUUAACAAUGAAAAAUAAACUUUUUAUUGAUCCUUAUACAAAAAUGUAACAGUUGCAAAAGAAGUUGCGAGUAUAGAUUUUAUGGAAGUAUAUUUCCUGUUUUUAAGUGUAAGAGUAAUUAUAUUUGGACUAACAAUAACAUAAUAAGGAUGGCCUAUCUCUUAAUUUUUAAGUUAUCAAUAAUCGUAAAAAAAACUUUAAAAUUUAUAGUAUGACUGUGCAAUGAUCAAUAAAUCUUCAUAUUUUUCAUUU